AUGGAGGCGGAGACGUUAGACCAGAUGCAGGCGCGGCACCGGCGCGAACUCAAAGACCUGCAGGGGAGAAUCACGAACAAGAAGAAGAACGCGACGAAGAAGACGCGCAAGGGCGUCAACGACGAGUGCGCGGAGAUGGAGCGGCAGUUGAGGGAGAAGCAGGCUGCCGAGAUUGCGGCGCUGAACGGAGAGGCUGAGGAUGCUGCUGAGCCGGAAGAGCAAGAGCAGGAGGAUAUAUCACAACAAAAGGACGGGGCGAUGAACGGGACGACGACGACGACGACGACGACAAUGACACAAGAACUAGACGAAGCGACCUCGAAGUUAACCCUGGAUACCAACGGCGGCGGUACGAAAGGGCAACAGCAGCAGCAGCAGCAGCCUGGCAAGAAGCGGAACCGACAAAAGGAGCGCAUGGCACGACGCGCGGCGGAGCACGAAGCCGCGAUGCUGAGCGCCGAACAGGAGGCCUCGACGAUGACGGACCACCGGGCCAAGGAGAGCGCGUACAUGAAGAAGGAGUUUACGGCGCACGGGCUCAGCGAGAAGGACAUCCAGCCGGACGGGCACUGCCUGUUCUCCGCGCUGGCGGACCAGCUCUCCCACAACGGCAUUCCCCUCAGCGGUAGCGGAGAUGAUGAUGCUGCUGCUGCAGCAGCAGCAGCAGAGACGGAAAAGGAGCCUGCGUACAAGACGAUACGGAAGGCGGCGACGGGGUACAUGGAGGCGCACGCGGAUGACUUCGCGCCCUUUCUGGAGGAGGAUCUGGGGGAUUACGUGCGCAAGAUGAGGGAUACUGCGGAGUGGGGCGGGCAGCUUGAGCUGAUUGCCGUGGCGAGGCGGUAUGGGGUCGAGAUUCGGGUGAUUCAGGACGGGAGGACGGAGAGGAUUGUUGGGGAUGGUGAGGAGGGCAAGGGAGACGGCAUGAAGACGUUGUGGUUGGCGUAUUAUCGGCACGGAUACGGGCUGGGAGAGCACUACAAUUCCCUGAGGAGGGCGACGGCUACGACGGCGACU